AUGCCCAGAGACGAUCUCUCCAUCGAUUUUGUCAAGAGGAUGCCUCAAGCAGAACCUCUUGACCCCGGGUUGAUCCUGGACGACUGGAUCAACCGCGUACAGAACCUUCCCGAAGAAAUCCGCUUCAUCCACGAAGAGAUUACGGACAAAGACCGCCAAUACAACGAAUGCAUUCGCAUGAUAGAAGACCGCGAUGGCAAAAUACAGAAAUGGAUCAAGUCCAACGGCAGUCACGAACACAAUCCCAAAGAGGACCUGCUGCGCGCUCAGAUUCGUGACAAUUUCGCCAAGGCAGACAAGCUCGCCCAGGACAAGAUCGCGUUGACACAGAAGCUUCAGCUGACAAUGGAUAAGCAUCUGCGCAGUAUUGAUAUACAAAUCAAGCUAUUGUAUGAUCGCGCCGAACCCGGCUUCACAGAUCCUGACGAAGUACCCUCGCUGCUACGUGCAAGCGCCGCAAACCACACUGCACCUUCAAUCCGAGCUAUCAAUCCUUCUGUAAACAUAACUGCCGCCGGGCCGCCCGCAACAGCAGUCACCACAACCCACAGCAACCCGGCAACUACCAGACUUCCCGCACACCCUCAUAUUCGACAUGCACAAUCCCAACACAACGGACCACAACACGCUGCUUCUGCACCAGCCACUCCAGCAGCCAGCAUGAUCCUCAAUAGACAACGAGAGAGCUCGGCUGGUCCAGCCACGAAGCGUGGGCCUCGAGCUAAUACUGGACCGGGCAAUGCCCCUACCACAUCUAGCGGCCUUGCUAGACAUUCCUCCCUCGGCCCUGGCACACCAAAGGGAGCGUCUGCUUCAGGCGCGGGAAAUAUUGUACGGGCCGGCAGCGCAGGUCCUCGAUCCACUUCUGUCAAGGCUGGAUCAAAUGCUGGAAGCCGCCGCGGCACACCCACAGCAGUGUCGCGAAAGAAGCCGCCCAACAAAUCCUCCCUUUCGCGUGUGAAGAAGGCUUCAGCACGAAACUCACCAGCUUCGACGGCAGACAGCGACCUAUCGGAAGCGGAAAGCUUGAGUGGUGAGGAAGAAAACGUAGGGGAUACCAGGGGUACGCCCACAGCUGACGGGAAGGAUGCCGAUGGGGAUGAUGUCGUUGGAGAUGCCGAAGACGACGAUGAAGAGGGUGGCGAUGACAAGAAGUAUUGCCUAUGCCACAAUGUAAGCUAUGGCGAUAUGGUCGCUUGCGACAACGACAACUGCCCCUACGAGUGGUUCCAUUGGUCAUGCGUUGGGUUAAAAAGCGAACCCAACGGUACUUGGUACUGCCCGGUUUGUACUGAAAAGUUUCAGCGCAAAGCAAAAUAA